UGUGUGUGUGUUAAUGAUUAGGGGUCCGUUUAAAACCAGACGGAACCAUUUGUGGGGGCACAGUUUGUCAGUAGGGCCAGAGGGACAGGGUGCACCAGGAGACUCACACACACUUGAACAUCCAGCCUCUGAACCGAACCAGGCCAGGCGGCUUCGUCUGAUACAGCCGCUUCUCAAGAUCCAACAGAAAAUCAACUACACACAUUACAGGUAAGACAACAACGGGUUCAAGGGUUAGGUUGUUUGUUGACACCUUAAAUAUCACAUAUUGAUCAAAACUGACCUGAUGUCUGUCAGGUUGGUGAGUCAAUCUCUUCAGUAUGAGAUUAGAUUGGUCUGAUCAACAGAGAGAUGGGGACCAGAGAGACUCUAGGUCAGGAUUAAGUUCAGUUCAAGGUUAGGUUUAAGUCCAGUUUAAGGUGAAAGUUAGAACGUUGAAGUGCUCUGCCUCUGAAACACCUCUAGCCUGUGUAGGAGAGUCAACCAGCAGAGCAGCCUAAACCCCCUGAUGAGACUCAGGCUUGCAGACAGAACACCCUCUGAGGCUGCAGUUUAGACGGGUGGAAUCAGACCCAGUGGUGGCUAUAGCCUGGAGACAAUGUUUUUUUUUCUUGUGUCAAGCAAGACAUCUAAAGAUUGAUUUAGUCCAACCAGGACACUGGGUAAAAGGCAGCACUUUAUUUGAAAGUAAGUCGUUUUUACAGUGGUAGGUAUUUAACUGAAAUUGUCCAUAGGAGAGGCGGAGGCCAUGGCUGGUGGGAGGAGAGCAUCGUUCUCUGGUGUGCUCACUGUUGCUCUGCUAGCCACCAUACUGCUGCCUGAAUUCCUGUCGGCAGGGCCGGUGGUUCAGAUGCUCAAAGGAGAUGUAGGGGAUGCCACUGAGGAGACAGCGGUUGCCAUGGCGUCACCAAGGAGGCUUGUCCGUAACCGUAGAAACAUCAGCUGGUACAAGCAACACUCAGACUUCUGGAGCUGGUACAAAUACUUCACGGACAAUGGAAACACGGAGGCAGUCCAGGAGCUGGACAAGGUCUACCUGGCCUACCUCCAGAAUAAGAACCGCGCUGAGGGCCGUCGCUCCUACAAGGCCUACCUGGGUCACCUAGGGGACAUCUACAAGGCCUGCGCCGACUCAGAGGACCCAAACUGUGUGGCCUCUGCAACCAACCGGCCCAAACCUGAACCCAAGACCCCUCCCAAGCCCGUCCCCGCCCCUGUCAAGGCCUGUGACCCCUACAGGGACCCGUAUUGUCUCUAUGCCGCCCUGGCACGAGCCAAGAGCCAGCCCCCACCUUCCCCCGCUCCGGUCAAGGCCGCAGCCCCCCUGUAUGCACGCUCCCCUGUGGCCGUUAAAGACCCUCAUUCUGGGCACCACUACUACUCCCCUGCCGUGCAGUCCUUCCUCUCCAAGGAGCAGAAGUCGGAGCUGCUGCGUAUCUGUUCAGCGGAGGAUGUGGAGUGUCUCCAGUUUCACCUGAGAGCUGCUUUCGGCCACAAGCCCUCCGCUGGGCCCCUGCCCUCCUACGCCCACCUGGGCUGUGACCCGAAAGACCCCUCUUGUAAACCCCAGCUGGUCCAGAAAGGCCCCUCCGGCCUCUUCCUCCGUUACCCCAACUGUGACCCCAGAGACCCUCGCUGCGCCUACGCUGCAUCACUACAGGCACACCGUGCCCCCGCCCCCUACACCCCGACGGGUCCUGGUUCCUGCAACCCUCUGUUUGAGGAUGGCUGUAACCCUCUCACCGCCACAAAGUUUACCACGGCACCGGAGAAGUUCAAGGAGGAACACAAAGACGAUCCCGCCGCAAUGCGCGCCGCGGCCCCUGAGCAACGCAGUGACCCAUUCACUAUGUACAGGGAUGCGUAUGCUAACGCUAAUGCUAACCGCCAAGCCAAUGCUCCCAGCGCUCCAUAUAGUGACCCAUAUGCCAUGUACCGCCAAGCCAGUGCUACCAGCGCUCCAGCUAGCGACCCAUAUGCCAUGUACCGCCAAGCUUUUGCUAACGCUCAAGCUAACGACCCAAACGGCAUGUACAAACAAGCUAAUGCUAACACUAAUACUAACGAUCCCUUUGCAAUGUUUCGUGAAGCCGCAACCUCCAUGCACAGACGUACCCACCCCUCCCCCCAGGGGCAGGCCCCCGUCCCACCUCCCCGCUAUGAGGAAGCCCCCAAGGAGGAUCGCCACCCGUUGGGCCCCCGAGGAAAGACCAAGGAGGGCUACGAAUGCUACAUUGGCUAUGACCAGGAGUGCUACCCAAUAACCCGCACAGAGCCGCGUUCCGGUGCCCACCGUAACACCGCCUACCCCGCCGAGCCCUACGAGCCACAUCUCAACGCUGAUGGAUCACGGAACGGAGUCAUGGAGCCUUCCGACCCCGACUGUGACCCGGAGUAUGACACCAACUGCCGCCUGCGCCGUUACCAAACCCAGGAGGAGCUGCUGCCAUACGCCAAUGCCCAGGCUGAACACCAUGGGGGGCCAGAGGCAGAGCCCAGCCAGGACCACAGUUACAGCCAGGGAGAGCCAGAGAGAGACAGCGAGGCAGAGUCAGAGCCAUACCAGAGUGGCCAGGAGGAGACCUACGGGGCUUAUCCCCCUCCCUCGCAGGGGCUGUCGUACGGGUCCUACCCCUCACCCCAGCGGGGAAUGCCCAGCUUCCAAGACAUGCUGAGAGGAUACGGAGACCAGUAACCUGAACAGGACGACCACAGAGCAUACGCUGCUGACUACAGCAAAAAAUAAGUAAACACACACACACACUGCAUACACGAAGACACACUACAUAUGCCAUAAAGACUACAACAACAAAAACGAACCAACACACCAGCUAAAAUGGGAGCAGAUGACGUGGGACACUAUUUAAUACAAAAUAAUAAUAGAAGACUGAAGUCUGACACACACAUAUGUCAUGUACGCACGCGCGAACAGGCACGCGCGAACAGGCACGCACACACGCAGUAAAGUGCUCUUAGCAGUAGGAGUUUCUCUCCACUAGAUGUUUUUAGAUGUUUUAUCUGGCAGUUUGUUAGCUUUUAUUGAUUGAUUGACAAUAAUUGACAAUUGAUUGAUCCCCUCCUUAUUUAAUAAAUUCUCGCAGCUUCGCUUCUGUAGCUACAAACCUCACAUGCUUUUUGUGUUUGUUUUGUUCAUGAUGUAUUAUGUAAAGUUUUUUUUCCACUUUGAAUGUUUUAAAUAAAAGCUUUGAAAAACGUG